AUGGCAAACAUAAAAGCGAUUAUUAAAAAGGGAAAGAAGGCUCUUCUAUUAGUCAGAUCUCUGUUGAUGUCUUGGCACAUUAGAAUCAUCUUAUUGACUUCUUAUAAGCUGAAAAAUGCUUGGGGAGAAGAAAAAGAGAAAUUUUUGCUGUUUCAAGAUGUUGAUGGGAAAGAAAAUUGA